AUGGAACCAAAGGAGAAGCAGCAUGACGAUUUCAUAGCUGUCAUGCUGCUGGGCAAAAAGUAUUCCCUGAAGAAGUUUGGUGUUCCAAAUGGAGAAGGUGGAUUUUCUGCUGAGCCACCCGAGAAGCCCUUUUAUACCUCCUUACUCAGGCAGCUGCCUGCGGCUCGUCUGUCCAUCCCGUCCAGCCUGCACGACUCUGAUUUCCUCCAGACUUGGAAAAAGAGGAGGGCAGCCACUGCCCGUCGGCAGCACCUGAAGAGUGCUAUGCUCCAGCUUGCUGUCACUGAAAUAGAAAAGGAAGCAGCUGCUAAAGAAGUGGAGAAGCAAAACUACCUGGCAGAACAUUGCCCUCCUUUGUCACUCCCAGGAUCCAUGCAGGAACUGCAGGAGCUGUGCAAAAAGCUUCAUGCCAAGAUAGAGUCAGUGGAUGAGGAGAGGUAUGACACAGAGGUGAAGCUACAGAAGACUACAAAGGAGCUGGAAGACCUGAGUCAGAAGCUCUUUGACCUGCGUGGCAAGUUCAAGCGGCCGCCGCUGCGCAGGGUGCGCAUGUCGGCUGACGCCAUGCUGCGCGCCCUGCUGGGCUCCAAGCACAAGGUCUGCAUGGACCUCCGGGCCAACCUGAAGCAAGUGAAGAAGGAGGACACUGAGAAGGAGAAGGAUCUGCGUGAUGUCGGUGACUGGAGGAAGAACAUUGAGGAGAAGUCUGGCAUGGAGGGCAGAAAGAAGAUGUUUGAGGCUGGCGAGUCCUAAGCACCUG